AUGCAUGAUACGAAUGGACAAAUAGUAGCUGGUGGCCGUGGCCAAGGAAGCCAAUUGGAUCAAUUGAAUGGUCCAACCGACAUGCUCAUCGACAAAGAGACGGAAAGUUUCAUAAUCUGCGAGCGAGGAGUCGUACGAUGGUCUCGUCGAUGUGGUACUACUCAAGAAGAAAUCCUUCUCGACAACAUCGACUGUUGCGAACUUGCCAUGGAUGAUCAGGGAUAUCUUUAUAUCUCUCACGUUAAAAAACAUGAUGUAAGACGCUAUUGGAUGGGAGACAAGAAUAAAAUUCUCGUUGCUGGUGGAAAUGGCGAAGGUGCUGGUCUCAAUCAAUUUAAAAUUCUGACCAGCAUUUUUUUCGAUCGACAACAAGCUAUAUACGUGUCGGACAGUUAUAAUCAUCGUGUAAUGAAAUGGAAUAGAGGUGCAAAAGAAGGGAUUAUCGUCGCUGGGGGUCAAGGCCAAGGAAGUGCUCUGACACAAUUGCCGCAGCUUCAAGGAUUAAUAGUCGAUAUGUGCGGUACCAUCUAUGUGGUAGACUCGAAGAAUCAUCGAGUAAUACGUUGGCCUCAAGGAGUGAUACAAGGCACCAUGAUUGUCGGUGGAAACGGCGAAGGAGAAGGAGCAAAUCAGUUCAAACGUCCAAUUGUUUUGACGCUCGAUCGUCAUGGAAGUAUCUAUGUUGUUGAUCAGGAUAAUCAUCGAGUUCAACGCUACAUUAUCCUAUAG